AUGGAAAGAGAGAAGAACAACCAAACUCACUUUGCUGGAUUCAUCCUUUUGGGUCUCUCCACCUCUCCAGAGUUCCAGGGGUUUCUUUUCCCCAUUUUCCUCUCUAUGUAUUUGCUCGGCCUCCUUGGAAACCUCUUGAUCUUCUUGCUAAUCAUCUCCAACAGCAGCAUCUUCCAAACCCCUAUGUACUUCUUCCUCAGUCACCUGUCCUUGGCUGACUUGGGGUUUAGCUCUACCAUAGUACCCCAAAUGCUGCACAUCUUGGUGUCCCAGACAAACACCAUCUCUUACAGUGGCUGCAUGACUCAGAUGUACUUUUUUGUGGUCUUUUGCACAACAGACAACUUUCUCUUGGCCUCCAUGGCAUACGACCGCUACGUAGCCAUUUGCCGACCGCUCCAUUACAACACAGUAAUGAGCUACAAGUACUGUGUAGUUUUGGCAGCUGGAUCAUGGUUCCUGUCUUUCUUCCAAGGCUUUUUGUAUGUAUUUACCAUCUCAAAACUUUCCUUUUGUGGAUCUCGGGAGAUUCCCCACUUCUUCUGUGAUCUCCAUCCUUUACUUCAGCUCUCCUGCUCAGAUACUUCAUCUGCUGAAACGCUGCUGAUGUCUGAAGGCACUGCAACCAUGUUUGGACCUCUCAUACUCAUUCUCCUCUCCUAUACGUUCAUUGUGUGGAAGAUUUUGAAGGUCCCAUCGGCUUCUGGGAAGUACAAGGCCUUCUCCACUUGCAGUGCCCACCUCACCACAGUGGCGUUGUUCUAUGGGACUCUGAUAUGCACCUACAUCCGCCCAUCCUCCACCUAUUCUGGCUCUAGAUUGAGAGUGGCAUCAAUAUUCUACACUGUUGUUACUCCUAUGCUGAACCCAUUAAUAUACAGUCUAAGGAACAGUAAAAUUCAUGAGGCCAUUAGGAGGUUAUUUAGGCUUUGGGUUUGGAAAACCCAAAAAGUAUAG